AUGCACACGGUCCUGACCUACGAGGGCAUGGACGGCGUCGAGCUGCGCGACGAGGCCGGCGACGGCGCCCUCGUCGGCGCGACGAGCGUCAUGCGCUACCGGGGCGAGGUCGCCGAGCUGCCCGGCGCCGCGCGGUGGGCGCUCGGCGUCUACGACAAGAGUAGCGGCGAGGUCACGUUCGAGGCCUGCGAGGCCUACGCCGUCGCCGCGACGCCCAAGUGCCGCGUCGAGGGCGGUGACGACGUCGCCGAUCGGGACAAGUCCUGGCUCGAGCGCAACAUCGCGCUCGCGGACGCCUUCGGGACGAAGAAGAAGCAGAAGCAGCUACGCGCGCGCGUCGCGAACAUGGUCGACGCGGGCUCCGUCUUCGCCGGCGACGAGCUCUCGUCGACGGUCGCGGGCCUCGCCGAGGCCGCCGAGGCCGCCGCCGCCGCCGCGCCCGCGCCCGCGGCCGAGGCGCCGCGCGAGGACUACGCGGCCCUCUUCGGCGACGAGGCGGUCACCGCGGCCAUCGUCAAGCAGCGCGCGUUCCGCCUCGACGUCCAGGCCGAGCAGAAGCUGAAGAGUUGGGUGCCCGCGGACUGGUCGCCCUACGUGCGCGCGCGCCUCGCGAAGCUCGGCCCCGGCGACGGCCGGCUGUCGAACCUUCUGAUCCUGCUCCGCCACAUGCUCCUCUUCCACGCGCUGGACGGCCACGGCACGCUCAAGCUCGCCGACAUGAAGAUGUCGAAGCUCGUCCCCGAGGACGUCGCGCGCCACCUCUACGGCGCCUACGCGCAGGCCUCGGAGAACGGCGCGAGCGUCAAGUACGUCAAGACGCCCGCGCUCAAGGCCAAGCUCCUCUCCCACAUCCUCCUCGCCAUGCUCAAGGCCGAGGGCGGCACGGCGGACAUGGACGCGGUCUCCGCGGAGCUCAAGACGCCCGUGAAGACGCUCGCCGCGCGCUUCAAGGAGCUCGGCUGCGAGGUCAACACGAAGCGCAAGAAGGGCGCCAAGGGCCCGGCGAACACGGCGACGCUGGCGGCCUUCGCGGCGAAGUAA